UCAUAAGGCCCAGUAAUCAUACGGGUUGAAGACCCAGCAUUGUGGUACGGGACCAAAACCAGAGACAGACAGCUAUUGUGCGCCGAAGUCGAUCUCUUACAAUCGACCUUGUUUCUUACGCAGCUUGGGGAGCCCCCUUUACCAUCCCCACCACUAGCAAUCGCUUGCUGGAUUGACAGAACGCAUUAGUCUCCGGCUGAUUUUCCGUUAAUCGGCGACAACAGUUUUCUCUCCGGUUGUCAAGAAACUGAAAAGCAAGCAUUACGAACACAAGGUAGAUUGUAGAGGUUGAGAGUUGUUCUUGUGAAUAAUCAUGAAGCCAGAAUCGAAGAGAGUUCAUCUAUUGGUGAAGAAACCCAGUGGGAGUAGUAACGGCGAGAAUGUUCAGAAGGAGACUGCUCCAUGCUUUGAUUUUAGCGAGCUCUCAGAGGCCCUUAAUGGUACUAAAUCGACUGUAGAAACUCCUACUGACUCCAAUUCUCCAUACGAUUUGUCCCUGCUAUCGCAGGCCCUGAAUGCUGCUGAGAAAGACAACAAUGCGAAGGAAGCCACUAUGGUGAGGCUGAACGCCCGGAAAGGCCUCUGUAAGAAGAUUCAUGGCCGCAGAAAGUUUAUACACACAGACAUCUCAUGGCCACAAGCUUCAGAGCAUGACAAGAUAAUAUUUCCUAUAAUGGUUAGAAUGAUGCAUAUUGUGGCUUUGGGUGAUCCUGCAAGGAGAAAGAAAAGUUAAAUUUGAUUAUGCUGGGAUGGAUUGGGUAUGCUUUCAAUCCCUAAAUUUAGAUUUGUUAUACAAAUGUUACUGAAUUCUCUAUAUCUAGUAAGUUUUGAACUAUUUUUGGUAGGAAGGAAAGUUACAUGUAAUUUUACUAGACUAAAGAGUGUAUGCUUUCACUUCCUAAAUAUGAGUUAUUGUACACAAUGUUAUUGAAUUUGCUGCUUCUGGUAUAUUCUGUUA